CGCGCCCGCCCUUAUAAGCGCGGCGGCGGCGGCGGCGGAGCGCGGAGCGGCGCGGCGCGGGAUGGGCUCCGCGCACUCGCUGCCCGCCGAGAUGCGGGCGCUGGCCGACAAGACCGGCUUCACGUCUGACCAGAUCGAGCACCUUCACCGGCGCUUCAAGCAGCUGAGCCGCGACCAGCUGACCAUCCGCAAGGAGAAUUUCGACAGCAUCCCCGACCUGGAGUUCAACCCCAUCCGGACGAAAAUCGUCCAUGCCUUUUUUGACAAGCGGAACCUGCGGCCGGAAUCGGACGGGCUGGCGGACGAGAUCAACUUCGAGGACUUCCUGACCAUCAUGUCCUAUUUCAGACCCAUUGAGACGAGCAUGGACGAGGAGCAGCUCGAUCGCUUCCGCAAAGACAAACUCAAAUUUCUCUUCCACAUGUACGACUCGGACCGCGACGGGAAGAUCACGCUGCAGGAGUACAGAAACGUGGUGGAGGAGCUGCUCUCCGGCAACCCGCACCUGGAGAAGGAGGCGGCGCGGUCCAUCGCGGACGGGGCCAUGAUGGAGGCGGCCAGCAUCUGCGUGGGACAGAUGGGGCCCGACCAGGUGUAUGAGGGCAUCACCUUCGACGACUUCCUUAAGAUGUGGCAGGGGAUCGACAUCGAGACCAAGAUGCACGUCCGCUUCCUCAACAUGGAGCCCAUCGCCCACUGCUACUGAGGAGGAGGAGGAGGAGGAGGAGGAAGAGGGCCGCGCGGCAGCCCCCGGCGCUGCACAUUUCAGCCCCAGCCGUGUGCCUGUGCCACGCGCUGCGUUCGGCCCUCUGGAAAUGUAAGCGGCUCCCGCCAACUUUUAGCUGCAAUAAAAUGCAUUUCUCUUUUUA